CCGUCCCCAUCCCGCCCUUCUUCCCGGAAGUGGUGUUGCUGUGUAAAUCUUCCGGGUAGGCGGGCGGUUCCCCACCCCUCCGUAGAGCGCUGCGGCUGGUCAUGGAGUGAGGCGGCAGCCGGGGCCUGGGGCAGGCAGGACGGAGCCGCCAGACUGAGACGCCGCAAAGAGCGGGGCCGCUGCCGCCGCACACCCUCUCCCAGCAUCCUCCGCGUGGGGCCUGGACCGCCUCAGUCGACCCCAUCGAGGAACCUUGAUCCACUUCCCCCAGACUCGAACUUGGGUGCCCCCCAAAGCAGUUCUCUGGGGCCUGGCUGUUCUCUCUCACCCCGAAGACGCACGUUUUGGCACCUCCCUCAACUUUGCUCCCACUACACAGACACUCAUAAACUCGCCCGUUUCUCCUCCUUCAUUCUCCUCUUCUCCAAUUUUCCGUUCUUCUUUCUUUGGCCAUCCCUUCUUUAUUCAUUGGGUGUUUCAGUUUAUACCCAAGUUCUUCCUACAGACAGCCUUUGAGCCUGAGUUUCACUAUUUUCUGCAUCCCAUUUCUGCAGUUAAGAUUGGUCACGAAUCCGCUGUAGAGUCAUCACUUUUUCUUUGCAAGAAGUAAGAAGCAACACAAAAACUUGUCACCUGCACCAAAUCCACAAACUGAAACUCCUCACUUGCAACAGAAGUCCUCCUUUCUCCUUUUGCAGUGUUGCCCCCCAACCCACCAGCUGCUCCCCAGUUUGCAGCAUUCCUGUUUUAUGCUGUGCAGAGAGAAAGACAACGCCCAUGAGGGAGUACAAAGUCGUGGUUUUAGGGAGUGGGGGGGUGGGUAAGUCAGCCUUGACUGUACAGUUUGUAACUGGGACGUUCAUUGAGAAAUAUGACCCCACCAUUGAAGACUUCUAUCGCAAGGAGAUUGAAGUGGACUGUUCCCCAUCAGUACUUGAAAUCUUGGAUACAGCAGGGACUGAACAAUUUGCUUCCAUGCGAGAUCUGUAUAUUAAAAAUGGCCAGGGUUUCAUCCUAGUUUACAGCCUGGUAAACCAACAAUCUUUCCAGGACAUUAAGCCAAUGAGGGACCAAAUUGUCCGUGUGAAGAGAUAUGAAAAGGUUCCUCUCAUUCUAGUUGGGAAUAAAGUGGACCUGGAAUCAGAGAGGGAGGUCUUGUCAGCAGAAGGCCGAGCGCUGGCUCAAGAGUGGGGCUGCCCCUUCAUGGAGACAUCUGCCAAGAGCAAGACCAUGGUGGACGAACUGUUUGCGGAGAUCGUCAGGCAAAUGAACUAUGCAUCACUGCCUGAAAAGCAAGAUCAGUGUUGUACUACUUGCGUUGUUCAGUGAGAGAGACAGUGAGCGAAACCUCAAUCAUGGCCAUACAGAGCAGAUAAAACUCAGAGGAAAUUUGCACAGAUGCUGCUUUGGAGAACUCUUUCAGCCCAGGCUGCAGAACUGAGCCUUGCAAAACCCUCUCUGUCUCUCUUUCUCUCUCUUUAGAGCACAUUUCCAGGCAUUGGCGUGCAAACGUUUGGCAGUGGCAGCUGCGGAGAACAGUAGGCCUGUGACAGAAAUUGCUUAGCAUGUUUACCAUAUGUUUGAAAUCUGUUCUUUAUCUCUUGGUCCUCCUUUUUUUAAAAAAAAACAAAUAGCUUUCUAAGUUCCUAUUAAUGGCUAAUAUGCAAGAGUUCAUUUUUUCUAAUAUUUUGAUUUCUUUAAUUGAUUUCCAAAACUUGUAUUUAUUAAACUUAACUCAGUAUUACCUACUCAAUGCCUUUUUAAGAGAAAGUUUUAAUGGAGAAAUAAAAAGUGAGCCUUAAACAAAUGGUUACUUCUGUAUAUUACCUCACAUCCGUGCUUGAUUUUGCAAAAAAAAAAAAAAGUCCUCCUCCAAAAUGUCAUUGGCUGAUAACUUGGAAAUGUUCCGUUUAUGUGUCAUAGAAAGAUACUGAAGAUUCAUCUUGCAUUGUAAGGAUGUAAAAUCCCUUUUCGCAGCAAUGUGGUGACUUGUGGUAGUGAUGGCCUGAUACAAAGGUAGCUAUUUGACAAGGAGUGGCAGCGUCCACUAAAUGUGGUUAACACCCCCCCCCCCCAACCCUCUGUUAUCAUGUGGCAUUCAUAUUUUUGUCUUUCAACUGAUGCAAGAAGCGGUGAAGAUCACCAGUAUGUUUCCUUUCUGUUCAGCUUCCAACUUUUGACUUCUGUUCUUGGAAAAGGGAUGAUAUGUCCCCCCCACAGGGUUUGUGUUUCUUAAGCAAAAGCUAACCCUGCUUUGCUUAGCAGGAUCAAGAUGGCAUCUGGCAGACUUCUGCACAUGUAAAUCAAAUGCAAAUAAAAAUGACUUUACAUUUUCUAGUUCUUAAAUAUUGUCUCUUCUAAUAAUAUUUUGAAGCAAUAUCUGUUAGCGGGGGAUGUUGUUGAUUUGGGGUGGGGGGUUUUGGGUGCUUUGUGACACUGCUGCUUUUUCAGUUUCUAGCAAGCAAGCAUUAUUUGGUAUAACUGGCCAACAGUGUGAACAGUCGGCUCCAUAUGAAAAUGCUUGACUUGGCCAUUGCCUUCUGCACGGUUUUCCAACAUCAUGUGAUUUAUCUGGAUACUUGAAGUCCUUAAACAAACACAGGUAUUACACAAAAUAAAGAGCAUAGAAACUAUUGAGGUUUUUAAAAAGCUGGUGAAACAACUUUGUCCUAAGUUGGAAUUUUUUCUCCUACCGUUCAUUUUAAGAUGUAUCCACUUUCUUCAGUUCUCUCUUCCUGACCUUCCCCUGAUCUCUGAGAUGAAUAGCUCAUUUGACUGCACCAAAAUUGCUGGUUUAAGAGCUCAGCUUAAGCCAUUUGAACAUGUCUCAUGUGGGUUUCAAUCCUGAUUCUUUUGUCUUGUCAUAGUUGAGUGUUAUUGGCAAUGAGCACUAGUCAUGAAGUGCCCAUACUGAAAGUCAGUUUGUAAUUUAAACUAAACUAGGACACCAGCAUGUUAGCUCCUGGAUCCCAUUUGUAUCUGAGGAAGUACAAAAUGCAAGGGUUUUUUUUUUCCAUCUUGUGUUUCUGGAUUCCUAAAUUUGCCACAGGGUUACAUUUGCACUUUAAUGGAGGACUUCAAGCUGUUCUCAUAGAAUAUUGCAUGAUAAUGUGUUAAUCGACGUGCCAAGGGAAUAAAGAAUUUUCUAAAUAGAUAGGGCAGAAAUGUUGGAUGGCCACUGACCCUAGUUGCUGUUUCCUUUGUAUUUUGGCUUGGUAUAUUAACAGGAAGGCAAAUCUCAAAUCUUUUUGGCAUAUCUUGGAAUAAAAUACCAAACAGUUGAAAUUUCUCAUAGCAGAGUAAGGCACACAGUAUUUCCUGCACACUGUGUGCCCCAAAAGGAAAGUUGUGUAACCUCCACCCACCCCACACCCCGAUUUGCAGCUUUUUGGAUUUGCUGAGGCUUGAGAAGUUCUGGUGAGUUGGACUCUUUGUCCUUGUCAUCUGCACAUUGUUCAAAUUGCUAUACUGGGGCUCUUGAAACACUGGCCACUUUUAGGUGUCUCCUAAACCAUUCCACAUAAGCUAUCUUCUUACUGAAUGAAAAGGCAGUGUUUUAUGCUGUGUAUAACCCCCCCCCCCCACACACACAUCUCUUUGCUGCAAAGUGGGAGUUUUGCUUCUACACAGUGUUCUUUCCAGAGUUGCUGCUCAGGGUGUAGAAAUGCAGCUGCCUGUUAUCUGUCAAGAAACAAAAUACUUUGGUGAGGGUGCAGUUGUAUCUUUUGCAAGGGUGCAGCCAACUUUACAUGAUGCCUCAAAGUACCUAAAAUGAAACUGAACCUAUCGGAUGUACUGUAUCCUUAGGGGUGAUAAGUGAAAUCUGGAAUAGCAAACACGAAACUAGAACUGAUACUUUGUAAGCUUAAACAUCACCUUUUUUUCUGAUUUCAGUCAUUCUUAUUUUGUAAGAUGACCCUACAGUUCACCUGUUUGUAACUUUUUUAAUAAAAUAGAUAUCUGUAUUACCAAA